UGAGUUCCUUUACGCGGGAGAGGAAGAAACGAGGCAAGCCUGAAUGCCCCUGACGGGAACAAAUUAUUCAAGUGGGAGGAGGAAUUACGUUCUUAGCAUCUGUUUUAUGGGCUAUAUAUGUCCAGUACCAUGAGCGCAUCUCGCUCCACAGAAUCAUCAAAGCUUAUCCUCCUGCGUAACAGGCCAUCCAGGCAAGCGAGGGUGGAUACCGUUUUAAAGUACUAGUCUACCCGCCGCUCUCUCACUGUAGGAUUUCUUGAACACCCGUCCACAGAAAACCUCCACGACCCAUAGGAAACUGGACACCUUUGCAGGAUGUGCAGUGUGACACAUCACUGAUCCCCUAAAGGCCAUAGGUUAAAUCCGCGGAGGUCCCGGACAAGAUGAACGUGUCUGAGACCUCCCGAACACUGGAGCCUUUGUUCGGCAAUGACAGCGUGGUGUCCUACAAUGCCACCGUGAUUCCGACCAAAACCAAGCCCACGGCCUGCGAGCAGCUCAACAUUGCCCCCGAGGUCUUCCUCACCUUGGGCAUCAUCAGCCUCCUGGAGAACAUCCUGGUCAUCUGCGCCAUCGUCAAGAACAAGAACCUGCACUCGCCCAUGUACUUCUUUGUCUGCAGCCUGGCGGUGGCCGACAUGCUGGUGAGCGUCUCCAACGCCUGGGAGACCAUCGUCAUCUACCUGCUCAACAACCGGCAGCUGGUGGUGGACGACCACUUCAUCCGGCAGAUGGACAACGUGGUGGACUCCAUGAUCUGCAUCUCGGUGGUGGCCUCCAUGUGCAGCCUGCUGGCCAUCGCCGUGGACCGCUACGUCACCAUCUUCUACGCCCUGCGCUACCACAACAUCAUGACGGUGCGGCGGGCGGCCCUGAUCAUCGGCGGCAUCUGGACCUUCUGCACGGGCUGCGGCAUCGUCUUCAUCAUCUACUCGGACACCACGCCGGUCAUCAUCUGCCUGGUGUCCAUGUUCUUCGCCAUGCUGGUGCUCAUGGCCUCGCUCUACAGCCACAUGUUCAUGCUGGCGCGCUCCCACGUCAAGCGCAUCGCCGCCCUGCCCGGCUACAACUCCAUCCACCAGCGCACCAGCAUGAAGGGCGCCAUCACCCUCACCAUCCUCCUGGGGAUCUUCAUCGUCUGCUGGGCGCCCUUCUUCCUCCACCUCAUCCUCAUGAUCACCUGCCCGCGCAACCUCUACUGCGUCUGCUUCAUGUCCCACUUCAACAUGUACCUCAUCCUCAUCAUGUGCAACUCAGUCAUCGACCCGCUCAUCUACGCCUUCCGAAGCCAGGAGAUGAGGAAGACCUUCAAGGAGAUCAUCUGCUGCUACAACCUGCGUAACGCCUGCGGGCUGGCCAGGAAGUACUAGGAUGACUGAAGGAGCCCAGAGAAAUCAAUUUGAAUAGUUGGUGACACGUGCUUUAAUGUUUAAACCAUGAAAUACAUUUCCUGUGAAUAUGCACCAGCCAGUUGUUUUCGAGUGCUAUUUUGAAGUGUAUUGCUCAGUUUUGUUGGAUAUACUGUGAUCCACUGUGCUCUUGUUUCCGCGUAAAGAAGAGGCUGCUGGGACUGCAUUGUAGAUGAUUUUCAGUUCAUUUCAGAUUCACCAUUUGCUGAGACUUUGUGUUGUGCUCUGGUACUAUGAAUAAAAACAAAGAUCAGUUUUAGAUAAAUUUUUCCUCAUUUUGUCUUAUCUCUAAUGUUUGUGGUUUGUUUUCCAUCUCUGUCUCACUUUCCUUUCCCAUCUUUGCUGUUUCACCUGCGUAUUACUGUGUGCACCAAAAGUGUACAGUUGAGCAAAGAUUGUAUUUUAUGAGUAUAUUUGUCAAAGGUGUAGAG